CGAUAAGUGUCAAGUGUAACUCUGUCACGAUGAAUGGAAAAGAAUAUGGCGACCUGACUCUGGAAAAAAAUUAGAAUUUGUCCGGCAAAAGUAGUGUGCAAUACGAAGAAAUUUGCGCCUGGAAGCCAGAGCAAGCAAAACUACGGGAGGCUAACAAUACGGAAAAGGAAAAACAGGCUCUUGCCAAGGACACAGCAGCAUCGGCGAGAUGGGCGAAGUCAAGUCCGUGAAGGUGGACAACUGGGGCGUCUUCUUUCUGCAGAAGCUGCAGAACUUUUUCAACAAGACGGACUACUGCGAUUUGACGCUCCAGUUCCGGGACAAUUCACAGCUGAAGGUGCACCGCCUGGUGCUCAGUGCCUGCACAGACUACUUCAAUGUGCUGGAACAGACGUGCGAGAUUGUCGAUGAUGCCCUCAUCAUGCCCAACGAGUUCCAGGCGGAUGUGGUGGUCCCCAUUGUCAACUUCAUGUAUACGGGCACCCUGGAGUUUGAGCUCAAGAUGUACGGCAAGCUUUUACGUACCGCUAAGGAGAUGAACAUGACGGUGCUGCUCAAACUGCUGGAAGCACAUCGUCGUACCAUGGAGAACGUAAAUCGCCAGCAGAGGCCGCCUAGUCCCAAGGGCAUUCGCCGACGCACUGUUGGACAGCCCACUUCGGGCCUUCCGCAACAACGUGUCCUAGGUCCAUCUCCGCAGUCCCGGAGUGUUGGAACACCCACUAUGCAGCGGGCCAACACACAGCGCGGACCUACUGGCAACACAAUGAUCCGGACCUCGGGCGGCACAACUCGUUCACAGUAUGCGGAGACCACUGCUGUCAAGCAGGAGCCAACCUCGCCAUUCGAACAGCUGCGCAAGGGAUACAACAACAAUAAGAGACCCGCACAGACCAGUCUGCUGUCGCCGCCCUCGAAAAAGCCCAGUUUGGAGGAGGUCAAGGAGUUUGCCGAGCAACAGCGGAUGCGUAAGCAAAUAGCCGCGGAAUACGGCGAUCACGAUCCUGAAUACGACGGUGGCAUGCUGUAUGAUGAUGUCCAUGCCGGUGACGAUGAUGACGAUGAUCUGCCGCUACAGCCAUCUACAUCAAAACAGCAGUCACCGCAGGGCACACAGACCCAGCUUGAGCAUGGAUCCACGACCAUUAUACUGAAGCAGGACUCGCCCAGUCAAACCCCGACGAUAAUUGUGAAGGAUUCCUCCAAUGCCAAGCUGAAUCACACAAAGAUCAUUGCUGAAGUGCUGCGCCAGUAUCCACACAUUGUAAAGGGCCACAAGAACAUCAAACUUAAGAUAAUGCCGAACACACCACCUGCGUCCGCAGAAAAAUCUGCACCGGCGACAGUCAAGCGUGGAUCACCAGCACCGUCGACUCAGUCAUCCGCUUCCACAUCGCCCCAUAAGAAGCUCCAUGUAUCAUUUAAGGCGGACAAGAACGCUCCCCUAAUAACCCCCCAGCAGAAGGCGGCCAGUUCUCCACAAAAAACCGCGCCCACGCAGUCUAUCGCUACGCAAGGGACGGCGACGAACCCACCUGUUAAUGCAGCCGCAGCGCAGAAGCGACGCAUUGACAGUAAGACAAUGCAUGCCUUGAUUGCUCAAGGAGCCGAGAAUACCACUGGUCCAUGGCUGUGCCUAAGAUGCGGGGUAAACGGACGUCCCAUCAGCAUUCCGUCUUACCGAGGCUUCCGACGCCAUUUAAUAAACACGCACAAGGAGACCAUUGACCCGGCGCUCUGCGAGCACUGCGGCUGGAGGUCGAGCAACAACCGGGCGCUGCAUUUCCAUAUGUAUACGGAUCACCAGGUCAAGUCGCUGCUGUACACCUUCGCCGAGUGCGCGCUAUGCAACCAGUCUUAUCUGACCAAGGGCGAGUUGGAGACCCACAUCAACGAGGCCCACACCGACGACAACAAGCAGCAGUGUAUCUACUGCAACAAGGUGUUCGAGCAAGAGCUUCAGUUGUACAGGCAUAUGAAGAGCUACCACAAAGAGCAGGCCCUGGAGGAUGGUAUCAUUGAUGAAACGGACGAGGAGUUCCUCGGCUCUCAAGACGAGGAAGAGGAGGAGGCCGAAGGAGAGGAAGAGCAGGAACCCGAGCAGACUGGCAAAGUGCGAAUCCUUUCGGACAUCAGUCUGCCAGCAACCAGUGCCAUCGCGGUGCAGCCAGUUCAGCAGGAGCAACUGCAGGAGGAGGAUGUGGACCACGAGCAAGUGCAGCAGGAGGUGAAGUUUGUGGGCGCCGAUGGUAAUGAAGUGGAGCUUACGGACGAGCAGCGCAAGGAAAUCCUCUCACAGCUCAACCAGCAGCAAGCAGGCGCCGCUGCCGGCGGCGUGGUAAUGGUGCUCAGUGAGCCAGAAGCGGAGCCCGUGAAGCAGGAGACCGACGAAAAAUCGCUGGCCGGCACCGAAGAGGAGUAUGAUGACAGUCAAAUCUAUACCGAGCUGGCUGCCGCCGACUCUGUGGAGAGCGCCAAAAAGAGCAUUGCAGAUGAAAGCAAGGAGUCCAUGGAUAAUCUGGAAUGGGCAGAAAACCUAAUUGCCGAGUCCGAGGAGCAGAGCAACAAGGAGCCUAAAUUGGAAAAGUCACGAGAUGACAUCAGCGAAAAGCUUAAGGAGUUGACCGGUGACUGGACCGAGGAUGAGAACGAAGACGAUGCCGACGACCAGCCCGCAACCACAGAGCUUGAAUCCGAACUAGCUGCAAAGCAUUCAGAGUCAACAGCCAAUGAAGAAGAAGAGGACGCCAUUGACUUGGCUCUCCAGUCUCUUCACAAAGGACAUGAAGAUCAAGCUGUAGCGAAAACUAAUGAAGAUUUGAUCACCAGUGCCGAAGAAGCUGUAAUACCAUCGGCUAGUACAAAUAGCCAACCCGAGAAAAUGGAUGUAGACUCGGAAGCGGUGAACGAAAAGGAUUCAAAGUCAGUCGUGACGAUCAAGAAAGAGAAAGGGAUUGAGAACGAGGAAGAAGAAUUUAUCAAGGAAGAUACACCCAUCGCGGAUCCCGAACCAGAGGUGGAAUCAAGCGAAGCGGUAGCUACCGCUGAGGGCGACGACGAGGUGCAUCUGGAGGCCGAUAACAUACGCAAAGAGCUGUUAGAUGAACUGAUAGCCGAGGCCGAGAAACCUAAUCAGGAGAAGAGCAACGUAAAACCUGGAGAGGAUUCUACGACAGAGGCGUCAGAUCCAGCCUUAGAUAGUGCCGUCACGGACGAGGAUGAACUGGUGCCUCCUACACAGAUGUCCACCGACCAUCUGGAGGUGAAUGAGCAAGAAGUGGAAAAACCGGCCAAGAAUAACGAUAACACAAGCACGACGGAGGAUAAAGAAGUCAUAGAGGACAAACCAAACAAGAGCGGGGAUGCAUCAGCAGCAGAUAGUGCGACCCUUGAAUCAGUAGCUGAGGGAACGACGACUGGUGAAGCAGCCAGUGUAGACAAGGUGAAGAGUCUCAUUAGCGAAUGGGGGGACGAUGACGAGGAGGACGAAGAUGAGAAUGGUGUGAGUGCUGCGGCAAAGGAGGAGCUAUAAUUACUAGAUUUAUUUAUGUUCUAAGUUCGGCGAUUCAAACCAGAUCAGCAUAUAGUACCAUCUGAGCUCGGCA